ACAAGAACUGGCUCCUGAAAGAGCCCAGCCAAGUCUGAGGCCAACUUCCACUUUCCUCUGGAUAUUUUCACUUUUGGGGCAUCUUGUUCUGAGUCAAGAUUCCUCCUUCUGAACAUGGGACUUUCCAGAAGGACCACAGCUCCUUCCGUGCAUCCACUUGGCCUGGGAUGUUCUGGAUUUGGGUCGUCGAGGGAGUCCGUCUGCCUCUCUGAAGUAUGGCCGUGUGGUCUCCGUGGAGUCUGCUUCUCUGGGAAGCACUGCUUCCCAUGGUCAUCGCCAGUGCCCAAGUGCAGGGCCAGGUGGGCGGCUCGGCGCUGCUGGUGGCAGAUCACCCUCCUGGUUUCCAAGUCCGAGAGGCCAUCUGGAGAUCCCUCUGGCCUUCAGAGGAGCUCCUUGCCACGUUCUUCCGGGGCUCCCCAGAGACUCUAUACCGCUCCCGCUUCCUGGGCCGAGCCCAGCUGCACAGCAACCUCAGCCUGGAACUGCGGCCACUGGAGUCUGGAGACAGCGGCAACUUCUCCGUGCUGCUGGUGGACAAGCAAGGUCGGGCCCGGACCCAGACCCUGCAGCUCAAAGUGUACGAUGCAGUGCCCAGGCCCGUGGUCAAAGUGUUCAUCGCUGUAUCAGGGGAUGCUCAGCCCCCCAAGACCUGCCAAGUGUUCCUGUCCUGCUGGGCUCCCAACAUCAGCGACAUAACCUAUAGCUGGCGACGGGAGGGAACUGUGGACCUUGGUAUGGAGCCAGCUAGCCUCUUCACGGAUGGACAGGUGCUGAGUGUGUCCCUGGGACCGGGAGACAAAGGCGUGGCCUAUUCCUGCAUUGUCUCCAACCCCGUCAGCUGGGACCUGGCCACAGUCACCCCCUGGGAGAGCUGCCAUCGCCAGGCAGCUCCAGGGAGAGCCUCCUACAAAGACGUGCUGCUGGUGGUGGUGCCCGUCUUGCUGCUCCUGAUCCUGGCUGGUCUGUCUGCCUGGCACUGGGGCCCCUGGUCAGGGAAAAAGAAAAAGGAUGUCUGUGCUAAUGAAGUGGAUCAAGAGACAGAGAGCCCCCUCGUGUAGGGUCUGCCAUGAGCAAUGCCUGGAUUGUGAGGAACCCCACUGCCCAGCCACAUGACGAUCUGGGAUGUAGCUGGUGCCUGGAAAUCACCUUGGACCUUGGACCUCCCAUGAGACUCCUGUACCACCUCCCAGGAGUGGCCUGGGCAGUUGGCACAACCUUCCACACCCUCCCCCUUCUCUCUCUACUGGUACAUAUUCUGGCCCUACUCUGGGCAACAUGGGCCUAGCAGGACAUCUCUUCAAGAACACCAGAAGUUCUCCAGGAUCCAUAGAUUGAUUAUCCAUAGCACUCGCUGCCCCUCCGCUGUUCAUGAAAUAUUGUUAUGGAUUUGUUCCCUUUAAAUUACAUGUGGAAAUCCUAAACCCCACCCCCAAUAUUUCAGAAUAUGACUGUGUUUAGAGAUAGGGCCUUUAAAAAGAUAGCUAAGGUUAAACGAGGUCAUUGAGAUGACCCUAAGCUGAUAUGACUGGUGUCCUUACAAGAAGAGGGAGAGACACCCGGGAAGCAUGCACACACAGGAGAAAACCAUGGAAAGACAGAGAGAAGGGAAGCCCGCCGAGAGCCACGGAGAGGGGCUUCCGGAGAAACCAAGCCUGCUAACACCUCAGUCUUGGACUUCCAAUCUCCAAGAAUGAGAAAAUAAAUUUCUGUUUAGUCACCCA